AGUUGAUGUUUACGAUUUUCUAACCUAUAAACUAAAUAAUUCCGAGUUCAAUUUUAUAAAUUUUGAUCAAAAAGAAUUUAAUAAAACUGAUAGCUUUUAAUGUGUAGACUUAAUUGAUGUAAUAGUUGUGUAUCGUAAAACAAAAAUGGGGACUUCAGCAAAAGAAUUCGAUGCUUCGUUGGGAGGUAAUGAAGUAUUACCGACGGCUGCUAAUACUUUUAAAUUCGCUGCCUCAAGGAGUGUAGAAAUAGCAGCGAUGACAGAAAGUAUCUUACGGCCCAGUAAAACCAAACUCAUAUUCCAAACAUUACCGGUUCAUAUGCGACGCAGAGUCAUGAGUCACAACAGCAAGAGGCUCCCGAGACGGCUGAGGGAAGGACACAUGGAGCAACUGAAGAAGAGUGGACUGCCUCCUCAACAAAAAAGACCAUCUAGAAAAUAUAGGCGACGUCCAGCUAACCUACUCGAGGAGUAUACAAGACGGCAGAGAAGAAAUGUGUGGCUUGAAACUCAUAUAUGGCACGCAAAGAGGUUUCAUAUGAUAGAGAAAUGGGGCCAUCGCUUGGCCUACAGACCAUGUGACAAAGCCUUCAGGGCCUGUUAUCGUGCCAGUUCAGCACAUUGCCUUAUGCAAGACUUAUCUUAUUACACUUCUAUACAAAUACGAGGAGACAUAGAGGUCAUUAGAGAUAUAUUUAGUUCUAUUACAAGCAGUGCGUGUGGGCUAGGAAUAGCUGCAAAAGCUUAUCUUUCAGGGAAUCGAGAAGGAUCAAUUAAUAUUUUUAAGCCUUAUGAGUAUCCUUAUGGAUUUAUUUGCUCUGUCAACUUUUUGUGGACUUCCCCUACAGAAAUUUGGCUUUUUGUUCACCCAGCUUUUGCAAAAAAUGUAGAAUCAACAUUAUCAACUAUUACAAACAGCUCAAGUUCUUCAAACUCUGUUGAUAAUUCAAAGAAACGAAAAAUAGAAAAUAAAUAUUCAGGAAUACAAAUAAAAGUAAUUACUGGAAUUAAUAGGUUUAGAUUGACAGGCCCAAAAAGUCAUGCAGUGUUAACUAAUGCUUUAAAAUGUGUCAGCGAUAUUAAAAAUAUUGAAUCAAAGGAAUGGGUAGCACAUAUUAUUAACAAAAAACAUGAUCUAGCAUUAGAAGACAAAUUUAACUUCUGGUUAAGUCUUAAAUCGCUGAGCUCCCCAGCACAAUUACCACCUAGAAUUAUUAUUGGUUUAACAGUCAAAGAUCCAAGGCUCUCUCGCCCGGCAAAACGCACUAAAGCACAACUAGAAAAAAUAGAAGCGAUUAAUAUUGAAACCUUAACAAGCAUACCAUCUUUUCUGUCCUCUUCGCCCUUAUGGGAUGAAAAAGUGAGGGAACACAUAAAAAAUAAAAAAGUAACCAAUGCAGAGUAUAUUGACCAUGUAACCAAAACCCAGAUUGUCCCUGGGGAAGUGAAUGAAGAUGAUCUCAAGCUACAACCCAUUCCCAUUGUUUUAAUACAGAGGCCUGGAUCACAGGAAUGUAGUAAAAAAAUUGGAUAUAACAAUGGGUGGGACAUUAUAAUUCCACCAGGGUAUGGUCUUCCAUUUUGGCUUACUUUUGUUAUGUUUGGUGGAAGAUCGGGGGGCUUGCGUGAAACAGAGAGCCUGGCUUUUGAGUCAGGGGAAGUUUACAUGCCUCCUGACUCAUAUUCCGGUACUCUUGAAGAAAAAGCUUUAGAAACAAAACUAAAAGAUAAGUACUUUAGGAAACCACCAAGUAAAAGAGUAAACUUUAUAAAAUUGGCACAACCUAGCCCAUUUAUUUGUCCAUGGAAAAUUUUAAUCAGAGAUUGGAGUGGUGUUGAAAAUGAUAAAUUCUUUGUUCUUCGGGAUAGAAGAUUAAUUAAUGAGUUGCAGGAAUGUAUAAAAAGAAAGAAACAAAUCCCUGAAGUAGACAACAUGGAUUCCUGUUUAGUUGCAAUUUAUAUUCAAGUUGUCAGCAGAGGCAGUCUACAGAAUCAUGCCAAUAUUUGUUUACCGGAUGUUAAUGAUUUCAAAUUAAAAUGUAUAACUGAGCCCCAUCAUGAAGAUUGCAAUGCUAAAGUAAGGAAAGAGAAGAAAAUCGAACACAGAAAACUUUUAAAACAACUGCGCAGACAGAGAGUCAAAUGUAAAAAGAGAGCUGACAAUAAGCAAAUUACAUCAUUGAAAAAACUCAAGAAAACCUCCAAAGAACCAUCAGAAUAUGUCCAAAGUAUGAGAGAGUUAUGGUUGCCUUCAAAUGUGGAAACCGUACAGAAGGCUGGAAUAAGAGAAACCAUGGGUUACAUUGUUCAUGGGGCCUUCAGUUUCACAGAGGCGAAAAGUUGUGGAGUUGGCUAUGUAACGCUUAGGUCAUUGCGGACAUUACUCAGUAACGGUAUAAAUCAGGUGCUAGUCCGUAAUGUUACCUCGAGGGUGUAUAGGUUAGCUAACUUUGAACUGAUUAAAAGUUAAUAC